GCUGCUAUGGAUGCGUGCGCGCAACGUUCCGCGUGCGUCUCUCCAUCCAGCCCUCUCGUUUCAGCUCAAAUGUCACGUCACUCCUGCUUCUCCUCAAACCAGUUUCACGCUGAGGACCGGGCACCUGCCCUCAUCUGGACUUCACCUCUUCUGGACUUUUGCAAAAAAACCUCAUUCCGUUUCGGUCAUUUCACCUGGAGGGCAGUGCGAAUGGAGAUCUGUUUGACUGUUUGUCGUCUUUGAAGAGGAAAAAAAGUCCGAUCCGCGAGCGCGAGCUACACCGGCGCACGUUUAACAGGAUUAAUCCACACACCUUGCGCGCGAUGACUGCGACGGGGAUUUGGUGCGUUUUGUGGCUCGUGGCAUUCGCCCUCGCUUCAGCCGCUCCGAAAUCGCACCAGCGGCUUGUGGAGAACACGAAUGAACAGAACGACACUUUGCAGGUUGAAAGAGACAAUCAAGAAAAUAUAUUAAGUCAGCUGCUGGGUGAUUAUGACAAAGUGAAAGCGCUUUCGGAAGGCUCUGACUGUGGCUGUAAAUGUGUUGUCAGACCUCUGAGCGCGAGCGCGUGCCAGCGGAUUCGAGACGGUCACGCGACGCCUCAGGAUUUCUACACGGUGGAGACCAUCGCCUCAGGACCCCACUGCAAAUGUGCAUGCGUCGCGCCGCCGUCGGCUUUAAACCCCUGCGAGGGCGACUUCCGCUUGAAGAAGCUGCAGCAGGCUGGGAAAGAUAAUAUCAAGCUGUCAACUGUACUGGAAUUGCUGGAGGGUUCCUUCUAUGGCAUGGAUCUAUUAAAACUGCACUCGGUCACCGCAAAGCUUCUGGAUCGCAUGGAAACAAUAGAAAAAAUGGUUUUGAACAACCAGACCGAGGAGAAGCCGAACACAAGCAGCACCUCUCCAAAUCCGCAGCCGCCCACAUCUUCUUCUACGACUCUACUGCCUCCACAAACGCAGGAGAAGAGGACCAGUCUGAGGGAGCAGAAUGACGAGGCAGCUGCUUUUCAACACAUAGAGAGUAAAUAUGAGGAAAAGUUUGUGGGGGAUCUCCUGAAGAGCAGCAGAUCAGAUCUAAACAAGGCUGUUGCAGCUUUGCAAGAACAAGAGCGCCAAGGAAGGGAGAAGCAACCGAAAAUAAUUGUUAGGGGGAUCACAUACUAUAAAUCUGACCCAGUGGAUGAGCCAGACACAGAGGAGAACUAUGAAAAUCACAGCGGUGACAGCCCAAUCGAUCUCUUUGCUGACGAGCAGCUUCUUCAUCACAAAGCUCGCCACUUUAGGCCGGUCAUCAAAGCGUGGUCUGUCCGCCCAAAACCCAAGAGCGAAGUCUCAAAAAUGGGAGAUGACUUUCAAACCCCAUUUACUGGACUGUUGGACUCUGCUUUGCCAAUUAAAACGCCUACUGAACCAAUAUCCGUUCAGACUCAAACCAGUCGUUCCACCACAAACAACUCUACAGGAGAUGAAAGAACCACACAGACACCUGCUGUGAUGGAUAAUUUGAAGGUCACCAUCCACAAGGAGCAUGUUAUACCUCAAACCAUCAUCAAAAAAAAGGAGGGAAGCAACAAGGAGCCCUCAACUCCAUCUGUAAGACAAGCUCAAAACAUGCUGGUCAGGUCAUCCAAUCUGGGCCACAUAAAAACACAUGAGUCAGUCACAGCAGCUGCUGCUAAAGUGGUGGGUGCAGAGCCAACCCUGACAGAGAUUACCACCAACGGGACUGUUGAAAAGAAAACAUCUGUAUCUCCUGUGAUAGAAAAUGGAAUUGUUACCAAGGAAAAUCUGAAAGAAAAUGCUUCAGCGCCUUCAAUGGAGAGUUUAACUCAAAGCACGUUUAGGAGGAUAACAUCAUUACCACCAACUCCUCAUUCAGACUCUAUAACGGUCACAGAAGGCUCGUUGAGAUCAACUGCUCAGACGAGAGCCGCUACCACCACUGUGAUGUCACCUCAUGUCAUUGAAAGCAAGAGAGGCUCAAUUACCCACUUACCCAAGAUGACUCCUAAACAGACAUUGACCUCAGUGCCGUCUGUGAUGACCACCACAAAAACUUCCACAAUGGCAACUACAACCACAAGCAAACCUGGUAAACGUAAAUAUAGCAUAAGCUGGGAUGAAGAGGAAGAGGUAGCGGUAGAAACGGAAGAAAUGGAAAGAGAGAAAGCUGUAAAAACUCUGGUUAAAGAGAAAGUGGUGGAGGGACCUCAAAAGAAGCCAGGAAUGUGUAAAGACACUUUGGCCACAAUCUCAGAGCCCAUCACACACAAUACAUACGGUCGUAAUGAGGGCGCUUGGAUGAAGGAUCCACUGGCUCGAGAUGACAAGAUCUAUGUCACAAACUAUUACUAUGGCAACAACCUUCUCGAAUUCCGCAACAUGGAGGUCUUCAAACAAGGUCGCUUCACCAAUUCUUACAAGCUGCCUUAUAACUGGAUCGGCACGGGUCACGUGGUCUACAAUGGUUCUUUCUAUUACAACCGCGCAUUCUCUCGAGAUAUUAUUAAGUACGACCUACGGUUGCGUUACGUGGCUGCCUGGAACAUGCUGCAUGAUGCGGUGUUCGAUAAUGACGACGUGUCCGAGUGGAGAUGGAGAGGAAACUCUGACAUGGAUCUGGCCGUCGACGAAAGCGGACUUUGGGUGAUCUACCCAGCGCUGGACGACGAAGGCUUCUUGCAGGAAAUGAUCGUGUUGAGCCGCCUGAACCCCAUUGAUCUAAGCAUGAAGCGUGAAACCACGUGGAGGACCGGGCUUCGACGCAAUCGGUACGGCAACUGCUUCAUCGUAUGCGGCGUUCUGUACGCGACGGAUAGCUACAAUCAGCAGGACACCAAUUUGUCCUACGCCUUCGACACCCACACUAACACUCAGGUGAUCCCUCACCUGCCUUUCAGCAACAACUAUACAUACAUCACUCAGAUCGAUUACAACCCUAAAGAGAGGGUCCUGUACGCUUGGGAUAACGGACAUCAGGUCACGUAUAAUAUUCAGUUUGCGUAUGUAGACCCACUGUAGACCAGAGCAAGUGCGUCCUUUGCACAAAGUAGAAUAAACCGUAAACGUGUUCAAGUGGAUUGUGGAUCAGUUCACUCAGCUUUUCUUAACUUCAUUUAGUUUAUUGUACUUAUUAAUGUGCCGUUAUGUUUUCGAAAUGUAAAAACUGACCCAUAUUGUUACAUUUAUGCUGAAAACCAAGAAAAGCAACUUCCUUAACGGGAUUUCUGAUCACCCAAAUGCUGCAGCUAUACAAGCUUUGCAGGUUGCGUUGAGGCCCACUUCUUUAGACAUUGUCGCUUGCUUUUGCACUAUGAAAAUGAACCUCUUAAUGUUUAUAGCUAUACCUCUCCUAAGGCUAGCAGAGUUUUUGAGGCAUCGUAUUCUUAAAUCCAGUAGAAUACAUUGUAUAUACUGUAAUAUAAAAGCUAAAACAUUGGAUCGAUGAAUGUAAAAAAUACAAUUCGUAUUUUCAAACGUAUCGCAAAGCUGUUUUUUUUUUAUUUUACGAGCUGUCACUCGCAUAUGUGAUAAAAUUUUAAAUUGUAAAAACAUUUGCAAUUGCAUCUUUUCAGUAAAACGAGUAGACAGUGUUUUGGGCACAUUUUCAGUGUGUUGUUUGUUUCAGCAACAAGUUUGAUACGUUUUAUCAAUGUAAUCUUUUUAUGCAUAUUUUAUUGCAAUUUCAUUUCAUCUUUUAGAACUUAAGAAAUUCAAAUCUCAGAAAACGGCUGCAAUAAAAUGGGUUGAAAUAAGACAUUUGGCUCCGGUUGUCCUUUCAUAGUAAAGAUGUCAAGUGAAAGUGUGUUAUCAGCAUAGAUCUUACUGGUCACUUAGUGUAGAUGAGAGCAAAGUGCUACACCGUAAACCCCUUGAUCCGCAGAGCUAAAUCCGGACAAACAAAACACAUCAGCCAUACUUUAACCCUAAAACACUGUUUACCCCAGUCUUUGAAAUGACCUAUAAUCAGCACUUUACAGCGCCUCAGACCCCACAUUUACACAAACCUUCAAUUUCAGAGAGCAAACUCAGACUGACAUAAGGCUCUGUCCUAAAAACAAAAGAUGCACACGAAUCACCCACGACCUUGAGUCCAGUGUUUAUUUCUUUGCAUUGUAACAAAACGGCUUUCAUCGCCAUCAAUCUUUGCGAAAAUGCAGAAAUUAAUUAUAUAAAAAACAAAAACGCUGCCAGAAAGAAAAAUAAACGAGACAAUUCUACUGUGAUGCCAAGGACAAAAUGUGAAAUUCUCACUAAAAAUACUAAUAAAUCAUCCACAUUUUGACAAAGAUUCACCUGAGUUGAGUUUAAAAACUAAAAUUCUAAAUAUAUUUUUUUUUUCCGGUAAAGGUGAUGACGGAUGGGAAAGAAUAAGCUAACGAUCACACAGAUUACUGACUGAUAAUUGACUAAUCGUCAUCCUAAACAGGACAAGAAACAAGUGCACUUCUAAAUAAGCUAGAAUAGAGACAGACAUACAGUGAACAAGGACAGAUGGGAUACAAAUUACAAAUAACAAUUAGGUCUUUUCUACAACUUCAAAUGAACAGCCAGUAAUAUGUUAACAACUGUAUUUAUGUCAAGCACACCUCAUUUAAAGUGCAAUUAAGCCACUAAGAAAAACACGGAGGCAUGAAACACAUUAAAAUGAACUGACAGAUGUUGCAUAAGACCCCCAACCCCAAACUGCUAUUCCAAUUAGAAUUAGUCUAAAAUGAUUACCCUUCAAAGACCCAGCAUAGAGCAGAAGUAUUAUCUAAAUACUUUCAAAUAUAUAUUUUUCGAUAUACAUUUACAGCACCGUCCUGAAUAAUAUCAGUCAAAUGGAAAGUCAAUUACAUAGACUCAAGCGUAAAUAAUAAAUCUUCUAACUUUUCUAUUCAAUAGCAAUAUCAUAAAUCAGAAAAACAAAACUCGCUGACAAUGCAGUUUGUUUGAGGAUAGUGGUAUUAAAAAAAAAUGUGUCGCUGAACACGACCAUUAAAUGUCUACCAAAACAAGCUUGGUACAAAUAUUAAACCUUCAUAAAUAUUCAUUUGAAUUCAUUUUAAUAAACAAGCAAAGUGCAAAAAAAAAAAAAAAAAAAAAAAAAAAAAAAACAA